AUGGUAAAGAAGUCAAACGGUCAAUGGAGGAUGUGCGUUGAUUUCACAAAUCUCAACAAAGCAUGCCCCAAAGACUCUUACCCCCUUCUAAGCAUUGAUCGACUGGUUGAUGAAGCCUUAGGACACACCGUGCUGAGUUUCUUGGAUGCGUAUUCGGGGUAUAAUCAGAUCCCUAUGUACGCCCCAGACCAAGACAAAACCGCAUUCAUCACCGAACGAGCUAAUUAUUGUUAUGAGCAGCAUUUGAAGGACUUAGCGGAGGUUUUUCAACAGAUAAGACAUUAUAAUAUGCGGUUGAAUCCUUCAAAAUGCACUUUUGGAGUUCCGGCAGGAAAGUUCCUAGGAUUCAUGCUGACGUCCAGGGGUAUAGAGGCUAAUCCAGACAAAUGUCGAGCGAUUUUGGAGAUGAAGAGCCCCACUAGGUUGAAGGAAGUACAAUGUCUAGUCGGACGCCUCACAGCCAUAUCAAGGUUCAUCCCAAAAGUAGCAGAACACAUCAAGCCUAUCUUGAAGAAUGUGAAGAAGGAUGUCCCGAGGCAUUGGGACGAUCAAUGCGAAGCCGUCUUCUCAAGGAUUAAGUCUAUUCUUACUAGCCCUCCGGUCAUGGCCCGCCCGGUGGAAGGAUAUGAUUUGCAGUUGUACUUGGCGGUGCCCAGUCAUUCGGUUAGCGCUACCCUCAUCCAAGAAGCACCUGACUUCAAGUUGAUACACUUUGUCAGUAGAACUUUGCACGGGGCGGAGGAACGAUAUUCACUGUUGGAAAAGCCGGAUCUGGAAGGAAGAAUGGUCGUGUGGUCAAUAGAAUUAUCUGAGUUCGGAUUGCGCUUUGAACCACAAGGUUCGGUGAAAGGGCAACAUCUGGCAGAUUUUACGACUGAGUUACCACCAACCGCCGAAACAUCCAUAUGGUACUUGAACGUAGAUGGGUCUUCGAGAAGACGUGGCGGAGGAGCUGAAUACGAAGCCCUUGUUACUGGAUUAAUCCUUGCAAAAGAAUUGGAAGUCGAUCGACUAGAAUGCCGGAUGGACUCCCAAUUGGUGGUAGGCCAUAUAAACGGAACGUUCCACGUGAAGGACAAUUAUUUGCUGCGAUAUUAUCAUAAGGAGUUACAUUAUGGCAUAUGCGGAUCACAUUAUGGAAAGCGAAUGCUCCAAGCCAAGAUUUUACGAGCCGGAUACUACUGGCCUACUAUGGAACAAGACUGUAAUGAAUCCGUACGGAAAUCCAUCUCUUGUCAGUCACACGGGCAAAACGUCCGUCUUCCCCCGGAGGAGUUACAUGAAAUCAUUUCCCCGUGGCCCUUUGCACAAUGGGGCAUGGACGUUGCUGGACCUCUACCGGUAGGGAAAGCUCAAUGCAAAUAUCUUUUGGUAGCUGUGGAUUACUUUACUAAAUGGAUAGAAGCAGAAUCCUUGGCUAUAAUAAGCAAAAAAGUACAGAAGUUCAUAUGGCGUCUCAUUUGCCAGUUCGGAAUACCACAGAAGAUUAUAACUGAUAACGGCUGUCAAUUUGUGGAACGAAGGCUGAAGGAUUUCCUUAAAGAGUUCGGGAUUAAACAUGUAACGAGCUCUGCUGAACACCCUCAAACGAACGGUCAAGUCGAAUCAGCAAAUAAAGCAAUCAUGUCUAAACUAAAAAAGCGGCUCGGAGAAGUUAAGGGUUUAUGGGUAGAGGAGCUACCUGAAGUACUGUAG